GGUGAGCAGAGGUACUGCAGGAUGGGAUCAUGAGAGGAAGUUCUUGAGGAACUUUUGGACUUCAGAGUUUUUUUCCUCCUCUUGAGAAGAAGUGAAUCGAGUUCCGUUAGCGGAGGAACAGAGGGGGGACGUCAUCAAACACGGGGCAAAACGCGACUUUUCCCGAGUUUUCUACAUUCCGCAUUGUUUCUCUUAUGGAAAAACUGGAUAAAGAGUGAACUUUCCUCUCGCGCGUCCCGAGGAAAACUUCACCAACAGAACAGGGGCGAUGAGAUGCGAGUGAGCUAUGCCUUGUGGAAAUGGACAGACUGUAUUUAAGCGAAAACAUGGCGUCUGUCUGCCAAACUUCGGAUUAUUUUCCAGUCUGUUCUUUGCGCUCGGCUGCCUCGCGGCGCUCUCGGGCGUCGCGGCGGACGGGCGAGAGUGUAGCCCGUGUCCUGGUAACUGCUCGUGCACGGCGGUGGGACCCCAAAACUUGUGCGUGGUUAAUUGUUCAAACAUCGGACUGGAUCAGGCCCCAGCGGCGUCCGAUCUACCCAGCUAUACACACACACUAGAUCUCUCCAGAAACCUCAUUCUGUCUGUGGAUUCAAGUCUGUUUAAUCACCUCACCACCCUUAAGGAGCUGUAUCUCCAGAAUAAUCGUCUUGCCGCUCUUUCUUAUGGGAUAUAUGGCUGUCGCUCAUUAGCUGUGCUAGAUUUGAGCAACAAUCAGAUCACCACCAUAGAUAAAAGAAUAUGUGAUCAUUUCUGUAAUUUAACUACAAUAGAUCUGAGUUCUAAUCCGUUCGUCUGUGACUGUAAGUUAGUGCGGUUGGUUAGCUGGUUGCAGGAACGGGGUGUAAAGGUGAAGCGACCCAACUCCAUGCUCUGUGACCACCCACCAGAGGUGAAGAACCAACCACUGCUCAACGUCAGUGAACACACCUGUGCCCUGACAUACGCCGGCUGUCUGCAGGAUAAGGAGCACGCGGGAGGUGUUGAGUUGGUCAUCUUCUCCUCCUCCAAUCCAGGCAAUUUCUCUCGUGAAGAAUGCAAUUCCAAAUGCUUUCAUGAGAGCCAGCGUUACGGUGGUUUGGGUCAAAAGAACGAGUGUCUGUGCAGCACCAACUCUGAACCCAAUCACAUCAGCGAGUCUCAGUGUUCAGCGGCAUGCUCUAACCCGCUGGUAAUGAAGGAGUGUGGCUGGACUGUGGCGCAUGACGUCUUUCAGGUGAACUUCUCUGCAUUGCUUCCAUCUCGUCGCGUAUCUGUCCACUCGGAGGCAGUCUUGUCGGUCGCCUCUACCGUCCACCCUGUCUCUCUCUCCUGGGACUUUGGUGACUUUUCACCCCGAGUCAACAGUUCCCCACCAAAUACGACCAUGAGGCAUAAGUACGGCCUCCCAGGAAGGUACCAGGCCCAGGUCAGUUUAUCGGCUGGACAUCAGGAGAUCGUCGCGCAUGGAAACGUCAGCGUGGAACUUCCCCCUCGAUUGGAGCUCCACUGCCCAUCACUAAUAGUAGCCAAUCAGAGUUUAGAAGAGGUGGUCUCUGUGGUGAACUGGGGGGGAGUUGGCAUAACGGUGGACUGGAGAAUCACAAAGAAUGAGAGAGAAAUUGCAAGAGCCGAGCCUCUGUGUGUACCAGAUGCGAUACGUCACGCUGAUUCAUCCCGCUGUUUCCUGUUGGUGUCGGAAGAAGUCAGCUGGUCGGAGGCACGUCGAAAUUGUUCAGCUCGCGGGGGAGAACUCGCCGUGGUGCAUUCCCAAACCGUCCGAGACCUUUUGGCCCCUCGAAUCACACAGGAGCGUGGUGUGUGGUUGGGUUUGAGUGAUAAAAACUCCCCUCGUGUUCUGCGCUGGGUGGACGAUUCGGAGGUCCAGUCGGGCGACGAGGGGGCGAGAGACCGGGCCAGUCUGACGCCCGGAAAUGUGUGUGUGUCACUGGACAGUGCCGGCCAGCCCAGCGCUCACUCCUGCACCGCCCAAAGAGCUUUCGUUUGCCAGUUUACCCGCCAAGUGAGAAUCCCGGACGCAGGUGUUUAUAUGGUGGGCACAGCUGCGUUUAAUACCCAGAAUCCUUUCAGCAGCCCUACUACAUUACACACAUCUGUACCCAACGCACCAGCCAGGAGGGUCGAGCUGUUGCUGUUCCCCGGCCUGAGUUUCGUCUAUGGUGGUCGACUGUCGUCUUUAGAGAUGAUCACUCAGACUCUGACCUCACAUACACAGCUGCGCUUUCAGGUGUAUCGACCGCAGUGCCACCGAUUCACAUCACGCCCCCUGCUGCCAGGGUGCGGUGACCUUUGCGUUCCCAUUACCGUUUGCCAGUCCCUAGAUAACUGGAUAAAUGACACAGCCGUCCCACCAGCAUCUACAUCAUGCCCAGCGGGACGCCAGUACUGCCCGUAUGCUGAUCAGUGUUUGCCCCUGGCCAGCCCAUGUCAACCCGCAACCUGUGUGAACUGCUCCAGUGUCGACCCUCUGCCUGAGGGGACCCAGUACCCUGAGUAUAGCCUGGUUGGGGAGGUGCUUUUUACCCUACCCCCCGGCCCACCCUCUCAUGUCCUGGUCCAGGAGGAAAUUGAGGACCUUUUGGUUGCCCCUGGCGACUUUCUCGCCCUCCAGCACGAUGCUGGCCCAUCAGGGCUUCUCCAGUGUUCAUCAGACCCCUCAUCGCCGUGGAAACAGAACGUCCUCAUCCAAAACCGCUCUGACUGGUGGGACCCUAAUAAGACUCUGGAGAUAAUUGCGGAAAGACGCUGGGAGGAGAGCUUUGUGUGCCAGGUGAGAGUGCUCUACGUGGGACAGAACGACACCAAACUGCAGGGUCAGUUUCUUCGUUCUGGGCUCCAACAGACUGGUGACUACAGUUUGGAAGUUACAUCCAAUGAUAAAGAUUUUCCCAUCACUGCUUCCUGUCCAAUCCAUGUAGUUCCACCUUUGGGCCUCACCGUGAUUCAUCCGACCAAUGACAAUGGCACAGUGUAUUUCCCUCCCAAUGAGACGUGGAUUCUCAUUAAGGUUCGCUCUCAGCACAGCGUCCUGAUUGGACGCCAGGGAAGCAAUACAACUACGCCCUUUUAUAGCUUUUGUCCUCAGAACUUGGUGGCAAAAGUGCCUGACUGCAGGCAGCCUGACCUGUACAAUGACACUAUGUUUGCAUGGAUCGACCUCCAGCUUGGAUCCACAGUAGGGCAGACCACGGUUGUGCUCCAUGCCCGCAGCGAAGUUACUGAAGAUGUGCUCCAAAUUCUGGCUAGAGUGCUGGAGCCUCUUCGAGGACUAGUUAUCCAACCUCAUCCUGCUCACCGAGUCCUCAUGGAGUCCGUAGUGAGUUACAAGGCAUCAGUAGAGGGAGGUACAGAUCCGUCCUUCAGAUGGACAGUGGAUGAUAAACCAUACUUCACGUACUACAACAGCUCGCUGAACAUCAUCUAUCAAAAUCCAGCGGUGUACAAACUCACGGUAACGGCUAAGAACCAAGUUAGCACAUUGACUGAACAUUUCAAUGUGACAGUGGACCGCAUGAACCCUAUGAUAGAUUGUUCCGUCCAUGGAGUCCCUGAAAUCGUGCAGCAGGGGUUGCCUCUGAACCUCACUGCAUCUGUGAAGGUUGAUGUUGCUGUCGAUGUCACCUUCUGGUGGCGGUUUGGAGAUGGAGGGAACCAUUCACGUCAGUUUAAACCCCCCUACGAUAACCCCUCUAGUAACCAGGCAGUGGUUCAUGACGAUGUACAAUAUGUUUAUACCCAGCCAGGGGAAUACACCCUAAUAUUAUUUGCUUCUAACCACUACGAGAACAAAACCUGCAAAGUUGAUGUCUACGUCUUCAGCAUUCUAACAGAUGUGCAAAUCCAGACUGAUCCACAACUUCUACAUGCUGGAAAACCUGCUGAAUUUGAGGCCCACCCCUUGCCGUCUCCCUACGGUAUCAUCUAUACCUGGAACUUUGGUGAUAACUCGAGUCUGCAGCAGGGGCGUGAGCGCAGAGUUCCUCAUGUGUAUGCUAACAGUGGUGUCUAUAACAUCUGUGUGAAUGUCAACAACACCAUUAGCUGGAUGGACACUUGUGCAGAAAUUAUCGUUUAUGAGGAUAUUAAAGGCUUAAAAGCAAUGUCAUCUGCUCCCACAGAACGCAACACUCCUACUGUUGUCAUAGCUAGCGUGGAAGAAGGCAACAAUGUUUCUUGGAGAUUUAACAUGGGUGAUGGAACCGUACGUACAGGCGUUGAACCCCCAUUUGAAUAUACAUACAGAAAAGAUGGAAACUACACCAUCAAUGUUACGGCAAUGAACGCAGUGAGCGUGCAGUGGCUUACCAUACCUGUUCAGGUGUUUGUGCUACAAGUGUUAGCGCUAGAACCGGAUGUGUGUGUUCAAGAAAACAGAGAGAUCAAUUUUCAUGCAUUUGUGUCAGGGAACGCUUCAGGACAUCAGUAUGUUUGGAGUUUUGGGGAUGGAAGCCCCAACGAGACUCAAUAUGGAACCCCAGCAAUAACGCACACUUAUGUUAAGAGUGGCGAGUACCAUCUCUCUUUACUCAUGUCAAGUGAAACUAACAAGGCAAAUUUUUUCAGAAGGAUCUGUGUCCAACCCAAAAUCACAUCUGUGUCUGUGUCCCCUUUGAGGACACACGUGGAAAUCGGAGAGAAGAGUAGAUUUAUUGUAACUGCUCUUCCGGAAUUUAAUUACACAUACCUAUGGGACUUUGGAAUACAUGACUCUAUACAUCCGAUUCAAGGUGGUGAGAUGAUGAAUUUUACUUACAAGAGUCCUGGACCAUAUCUUGUAACAGUUACUGUCUUCAACAACAUAUCCUGUAGCAACAACUCUGUUUCAAUUGAAGUACAGCAACCCGUUGGCUUUUUGGUGAUAAAUCAUAAUGGAUCUAAAGGUAACAAUCUUGCCUUACACCAAAGCUACACGUUCAGAGUGUCUUCAGAAUCUGCAGAUGCUCUCUAUUUCUGGAACUUUGGAGAUGGGACUCAACUUAAUGGGACAAAUGUAUUGCACGCCUACAAUUCUUCGGGAAAUUUUAAGAUCUGUGUAACAGGCAAGAAUGAAGUGAGCGAGAAUAGAAGUGAGAUUUCUGUGGUGGUCUUGGCACCCAUUCAAGGAUUGACCAUAAACGCUAGCCUUGUAAAUGUCCCUUUGAAUGCUUCGGUCCACUUUGAGGCACACCUUGACCUAGGGGAUGCCGUACGAUACUCUUGGAUUCUUUGUGACCGGUGCACAUCUAUACAAGACACUCACAACACAACGUUCUACACAUUUCGUUCAGUUGGAACUUUCAACAUCAUAGUAACUGCAAAGAAUGAUAUUGGCACCGCUCAGGCUAGUAUUUUCAUCUUUGUACAGCGUGAGUUGGAGGGCCUGCAGAUAGCAGCCGAUGAUCUUAGUGAAGGAUGUUGUUUUGCAACCAAUCGUGUCCUUCACUUGCAAGCCUCAUUAAAAGAGGGAACCAACAUGACCUUCAGCUGGAACCUUCUGAGGGAACAUGAGAACCAUGACCACAACCUUACAGGCAAGUCCAUAGACCUCAAUUACUCAACCCCAGGCCCCUGUGAGGUGAUCCUCAAGGCAACCAACUUGCUUGGCCAGCUGGCUGUGAAUCGAACUAUUGAGUUUCUGGACCCUGUGAAGGAGUUGGUCCUUGAGUCUUUACCAAACCCUGCUGCAGUGAAAGCCAUAACAAACAUUACAGUAUUUGCACGUUUUGGGAGUGACCUACAUUACAGAUGGUGGGCAGAUGGUAAUUUGUUAACGUUUGAUGUGCCUACUGUAAUGCUCCGUUUUGGGACUGUAGGUUUAAUACUGGUUAAAGUGGAAGUUUUCAACAAAGUCAGCUCAGAAACAGUCUCAAAGUUGAUCAGCAUUCAAGAACCAAUAUCAGGAUUAUCUUUAAUUGCCAUAAAUGUACCUGAUCAGAACUUUGUAGCAUCAGGGGUCAAUGUUUCCUUGCAUGGAGAAACACAGACCGGAUCCAACAUUUCUUGGGAGUGGCUGUUGCCAGAUGGCACAAAAUCAAAUUGGAAUGUCACCUCUUACAUCUUCUCUAAACCUGGUAUCUUUACUGCUACUCUGAAUGCCACUAAUGACAUCAGUGGACAAGUAGCAUCUCGUGAUUUCACAGUACAAGACCGUAUCCAGGGCCUGGAGCUAAAGGCCAGCAAACAAAUUGCUGCAGUUGGAGAGAACGUAGAGUUUACCAUUUCGGUCGCAUCUGGAACGUCUGUUACCUUUAUCCUGAGCAUCAGCGGUGAUGCAACUGUUAUUCCAGACAAUCUAACUUACAUCCACCAGUUCACCAGUGUGGCCAAGUACUACGUGAACCUUACUGCUUUCAACCAGGUGAGUUCAGAGCGGAAAACUCUGCAUAUUGAAGUAAUGGAACCUGUUACCAGACUGACUAUAUUGGACUGCUGUGAUGCUGCCAUACCUGUAGGAGUAACUAGGUCUUAUGUAGCAUAUACGCCAACGCGUGAGCCGCUGACCUUCCUGUGGACCUUUGACCUUCAUCAUGGUCCCAAGACUCAUCUGGUUGGCAGAUCAGUGACAUAUGCACCAGAUAAGCCAGGUAAUCUCACCAUAUUCCUGAGAGCGUUCAAUUCCCUUAAUGGUCUAAAUGUGACCAAGGUUCUACAAGUUCAGAACAGUAUCAAAUCAGCCUUUUUGGAUGCUCAGCCAAGUGACACCUUCAUAAACAAGACCAUCAGUUUCCAUGUGGGUAUUGCUCCUGCUUCCACUCCUGCAUCUUAUCUGUGGGAUUUUGGGGAUGGUACCUCUGGCUCUGUCACAACAACACCUUCUAUUAGUCAUAUCUAUUAUCUGCCUGGUCACUAUCUGGUGCGAGUUAAUGUCAGUAACCUGGUCAGCUGGGUCACAGCACAGAUUGAGAUCAACAUCUCUGUCUUGAAGUGUGACGAACCAGAAGUUCAGAUUAUUCAAGCUCCACGUCUUUCUAUCUGGCGUUACCAGCCUACCUUGGUGGAGGCCAAUGUGAACCUAAAGGGCUGUGCUCUUUAUGGCAUAAAGUACCUCUGGGAGAUCCUCACCUCCCCUCGUUGUCAGGAUGAUGAUAAGAAAGGACCAGCUCCUUCUAAGGUCCGUCUUCCUGCAGAAGUCAAUGUCCAUAGGCUCCAACUUUCAGUGCCCAAAAUGUCAAUUUUUGCUGGCAACUACACUCUAGUUUUUUCUCUGUCUUAUGAGGGAGUUCCACUCAGAAAGGCAGCCUGUCUGCAGCUUUCAGUCAUGUCCAAGAAGUUGGUGCCCAUUAUUGAAGGUGGCACAUACCGCAUCUGGUCCAAAACUCACGAUCUCCAUUUGAGUGCAGAGCAAUCCUAUGAUCCCAAUCUAGAUCCAGAGAACCAAUCCCUGCUCAACUACCACUGGGAAUGUGUGAGCACCUCCAAGGGCUCGGCUCACUGCUCUACUCUGAGUUUCGGGUUGGGUCCAAGCGAUCCGGUUCUGGGCAUCUCUGGGUCCGAGCUAGAGGUGGAUGUUGAGUACACUUUCCGGUUGACUGUCAGCAAAGAGGGCAUGACUCCAGAAUCCACAACUCAGACUGUGUUGGUACAGAGCGGUCGGAUCCCAAUGGUCUCACUGGAGUGUGUGUCGUGUAAAGCUCAAUCCCGCUAUGAGAUCAGUCAGAGCUCUUAUGUUUACUUGGCUGGCACCUGCAGUAAUUGUCACAGCUCACACAGAGGGCACUGGACGGCGAUGACUGGACGUAACGAAACGCUGAUCUUGGAUCUGAACACGACCACCACAGGCAGAGACAGCAUGCAUCUGGUGCUGAGGCAGGGCAUCCUCAGAGACGGCGACUCCUACAUAUUCAGCCUCCACGUGAAAGAUGACAGUAUGGACCGGGAGGGUGUGGCUUAUAUCGAACUCCACCCCAAUCUGCCUCCAGCUGGUGGGUCGUGUUCUCUGUGGGCGGAUGGGGACCGGCCUCAGGUGCGCACGCUCAUGGAAAGAGUUCACUUCAAUUGCUCAGGUUAUGCUGAUUCCGAUGAGACAGAGUCUCCACUGGUCUAUAGUCUGUUGAUGAUGCGUUGUUCAGAUCUUUACUGCGAGGAGUUUUGUGUGUAUAAGGGCACGAGUCCAGAACAUUCUGCAUUCCUGCCCCCUGGCUUCAGGUCUGCCCAGUACAGGGUGACUGCUUUAGUGAUGGUGGAAGACCACCAGGGGGCGUCGGUCAUGGGCCACAAUAGGUCGAUGGAGGUGGUACUGCCAGAGGUUCCUAAAGGGUACAGUAGUCUUCCUCACUGGUUAAGUAAUCUGACGGACUCCACCCUGAGAGAUCUGCUCCGACAGGGAGACUCACAGAGAGUACGGGAACUUUCGCUGGCUAUCAUCACUGUUCUGAAUGAGUAUGAGCAGGGUGUGUCCCGCAGACGUGAGGGUGUGUCAAAGGCUGAGCGCCAGUACAGAGUGAACAUCAGAGGAAACAUCACCAGAGCGCUGACAUCACUGGAUCUGAUCACCGUCAAUGACAUCCAGCAGACAUCAGCAGCCCUUGCGCAGUGCACGGCUGUGAGUCGAGAAUUUGUGUGUGAAGAGUGUCAAAACAGCACCCUGGAUAAACUCGAGUCGAUGUUAGAGAUACUACAGACAGACACUAAACAGGGUACUGUGACCCCUACUGAGAUAGCAGACAACAUUCUCAAUAUCAUGGGUGACCUGAUCCAUCAAGUAAGCCAAGCGGCAUCUUCUCCAACUCUAGAGACUGAAGAACGUGGCACUCUCUCUCAGCAGGCUCCGUUUCUCUCAGAAGAACAACAUCACCCACUGCGGGUGGCUGCUAAAGCUUACACCCUCUCCUCCGAACUCAUGAGAAUCCUCAUGCUCGCCCGCGUCCUCAACGAGGAGCCCCUGAUCCUCAAAGGGGCCGAGAUCGCCGCUGCCGGCAAACGCGCCGACCCCCAUAGCCUGCUCUGUUACGGUGAGAGCGACGCACCUGAGUGCCAGCGUUUCUCCAUCCCUCGGGCGUUUAACGCCAGUUUGGGACGGGCAGCAGUAGGCGCGCUGGCACAAGGGGGCAGCAGCGAGGAUGGAAUCGUGCAGCUGGUGUUCCAAGUGGAACCGAAUCCAUUUCCCUUUAAUUACGUACCAAAUUACCCCGUGUCUACUGAGGUGGUAUCUAUGGAGUUCCACACGAUAAACGGCACGCAGAUUCCGAUCUCGGAUUUGGACGAAAACCAGGCGAUAACUGUGACCGUUAAUAACGGCAGAGGGGCUGGGCUGGAUGAAAACGUAAUAGAGGGCAUCUUGCCGCCUGUGGGGGCCGAGAACAUCAGUCACUGCAGUUCGAUUAUUGUGAGAGUGAGCACGAGGAAUACUAAUAAUCAAGCUGGAAUUUACGUCCAACUCAACUUCACGGUAUUAGACGACUCUCCAGAGAGGUCGGAAUUGGAUCCAUCAAUCACAGCCUACCUGCACACCUCUGAGUGGCCCAAUGAAUUCAACAGCACUGACAGGAAACGCAUCACUCUUAAUAUGACACGGGGGCGGGAUCUGGACCAGCGGCGCUACACGUUCUUUCUGUCUCCGAACUUAUACAACACCACACGUGACCACUUCAUAAACGUGUCCACGGGGUGUGGCCCAGGUGACCCCUAUCUAAUCCGGGUGGAGGUGGGGGUCUUCACAUCUUUAUGCCAGUAUUUCAGCGAGAGCGCCAAACAGUGGCGAACGGACGGCAUGGUUCCGCUUCCCGAAACUAGCCCGGGCCAAGCAGUUUGUCUCACACGCCACCUCACCGCCUUCGCCGCUAGCCUCUUCGUUCCACUCGAUUCCGUCUCAUUCAUCAUUCCUGAACGGUCAGUUAGUCACAAUCUGGUGGUGGUACUGGUGUGCGUGAUCGGACUGCUGUGUUAUGCCGUGACCGGUGCUAUAAUGCGUAAGCUGGAUGAAAUGGACCUGAGGAGGGCUUCAGUGGUUCCGCUGUGCGGGAGGGACGGGCUGUACAAGUACGAGAUCCAGGUCAAGACCGGCUGGGGAUACGGAGCAGGUACGACAGCCCAUGUCGGCAUCAGUCUCCACGGCAGCGAGGCCCGCAGUGGACAUCGACAUCUGGACAGCGUUGGAGCGUUCGCUCGUAACAGCCUGGAUAUCUUCCACAUUGCCACGGAUACGAGCCUGGGCAGCGUGCUCAAGAUCCGCACGUGGCAUGACAACAAAGGUCUCUCUCCUGCUUGGCUACUUCAGUAUAUUCUGGUGAAGGAUUUGCAGACUGGCAGCAGUUAUUUCUUCUUGGUUAAGGAGUGGCUCUCCGUCGACAAUGAGAAAACGGACGGACGGGUAGAGAUAGAGGUGGAAGCAUCAGAGGAGGCUGACCUUCGUUACUGGCCCCGCCUACUAUCCUGGGAGCUACAGAGGGCGUUGUGCGAAAGCCAUGUGUGGCUGUCGCUAUGGGAACGACCACCGCGCAGUCCCUUUACGCGGCUACAGCGGAUAACCUGCUGCUCUGUGCUAAUGCAUCUUUGUAUGCUUGCCAACGCCGUGUGGUACGGUACGGUCACCAACGGCAAACGAUCUACGCCAGUGUCUACAGAAGUCUCUUUGAAUGCCGAGACAGUAUGGGCGGGGCUUGUGAGCUGUCUGCUGGUGUAUCCGUUCUACCUGGUCAUUUUCUUCUUAUUUAGACUUAGUCGCAGUAAGGUCUCUGUGGAACAGCUGCCUCCGCAGGUGGACCAGGAGUCUUUAGAAAUUGAUGACUUCCUGGAUAACUCGAUGACCGGAAGCUCUUUUCUGAUGUUAAAUGCCAUUACUGGAGAGACAUAUUCAGAGGAGACCAACAUUGACCUCCCUACACCUUCUAGUAAGAGUCUGCAGAGGUGGAGUGUCCCGGAUUGUGAUUGGCCAGACGUGUUGACCGAUCCUUCCGUGGAGAUGGGACCGGUAUUCCCUCCCCGGCUGAAGAGGGGUCAGGGCAGCAGACAUUUGGGCGUGGACAUUCCCUUCAAUCCAGAUGAAGAGGACACAGUGUGUGAAAACAACCAUAGGAACAAAUAUUUCUCAUCCUCGGAUGAGGACCUAAUCAAGCGUAUUUUGGCUGAUGGACAGCUGCUGUCUCAGACGGACAGUGAUAUGGGUGAUCUCUCCAGUAUAUUUGGUGACAAGACUGAAGUGAUUCUACUUCAAAAGAUGAAUGAACCGGUUCUUCCUGCAGCCAUGAGGCGAGACCCUCCCAAAACUGCCUUUACCUCUCGCACAGUAGUGACGGAUGUGUGUAGGCCGAGACCGUUUCCACCUUUAUGCGGACUGGCUGCUCUGUGGGGCAGCUGGGUGGGGCUUAUCCUGUCAAGCAGCCUAUCAAUGUGGCUGGGGCAGAGCUUUAAUGAGAACGUGGCUCUGAUGUGGCUCAUCUCUUGCAUUGUCAGUUUCCUGUCAUCGUUCCUUAUUCUAGAACCUAUAAAGGUGAUAUUGGAGGGCGUGUAUUUUUCUUUGGUCGUGGGUCGUCUGAGAGCAGAAGAGCAGGACGUGUUGGUGGAUUGUCCACGUGUGGAGAGAGUCGUCCAGCGUAUCCCCAGAGUGAGACCUCCGCAAGGAUUCGCUCUUUCACAGGCUAGAGAGGAGGCUCGCAAAGUUCGCCUGCUUCACACCAUGCUGAAGGCCUUCCUGAUCUACAUGCUGUUCCUGCUGGUGGUUUUACUGCUAAACUACUCUGACUCGAGUAAAGACGCCCAUCGCCUUCGACUCCAGAGUCAUCUGCUGAAGAACUUCCACACGCAGCACUAUAACAACAUCAGCAGACGUGAGGAUGUGUGGGUGUGGCUCUCAGACUCCUUGUUACCACAAUUACUGGAUGAGUCCAUCCUAAUGGAGAAAACAGGCAGUGUAUUGCUAGGUCCACCUCGCCUUAGACAGCUGAGAAGUCAAGCAGAAUGCCCCAUCAGCAGAUAUUUCCCUCCACUGUCGUGGUUUGGGUGUGUCCCAGCCGGGUGGGCGGAGUCAGCUUCAGGAUUGGUCCAGAAUUGGAGUAUGAGUACAGCUCAGAGCAACAGUGUGUGGCACUGGGGUCAGGUGUCUGUGUACAGCAGCGCUGGGUUCGUGCAGGACUUGAGCAGAAACAUGCAGGACUCGAAAGCUCUGAUCAAACAACUUGACACACACCACUGGCUCGACCCACUGACGAGAGCGCUGUUCCUGGAGUUUUCCAUCUAUAACAUCAACACAGAUCUGCUGUCGGUCUUCUCGUUCCUGCUGGAGUUUCCGGUGUCUGAACGACCUGUGCCGAGUCUCGAUCUGAAAACAUUACGCCUUCACACGCUGAGUCACGGCAUGGACCUGUCCCUGUUCCUCACGCUCCUCCUGCUGGCGUUUAUCAUCUAUUUUGCCAUGCGUGAGGGCUUGGCUGCCUGGAGGCAGGGCCGUGGCUACUUUCUGCGUUUGUGGAACAUGGUGAGCGUGUGCUGCCUGCUGUUGGCGAUUUGCGUGGUCUCGCUGCACCUCAGCCGCUCGGUGCUCUCCGCCAGACAGUGGGGGUCGUUUCUAGGCCAACGGGGCGCAUUUACCGACUUCUUUCCUAUCGCCCAACAGAGUCGGGUUAUGACCCAGCUCGGCGCAACACUUCUCUUUCUGUUGGUGCUCAAGGCGUCACACCAGCUGCGCUUCAUGAGAGAGUGGGGAGUUUUUGGAAGAACUCUUAGAAGAUCUUUUUGGGAGCUGCUGACGGUCGCUGUCACACUGCUUGUCUUCCUGUUGGCAUACUCGCACACUGGACACCUGCUUUUCCACUCUGUCAUUGAGGGCUACGAAACGGUUAGCUCCACUUGCCGGACGUUACUAGGCUCUGGUGGGCGUGGACUGUUGUCAUGGCGGCCAGACAGUGGCUCCUCCCCCUGCUCUGCAUCCUGUUUCAUCUUUCAUAUCAGUUUUACCCUCCUUCGUCUCGUUUUGCUGUGGCUUUUGACCUCGGCAUUGCUGAGGAACUACCGUCGGGCGAGGUCGGAGCUGUACCGUCCAGCCGUCGACCUGCAGGAUUAUGAGAUGGUGGAGUUGUUCCUGCGACGCCUCAAAAUGUGGAUGGGGCUCAGCCGUGCCAAAGAGUUCCGGCACAAGGUGCGAUUUGAAGGCAUGGAGCUCCCUCCUUCAAGAUCCUCUUCAACAAGUGACUGCAAGUCAUUGUGUCUUCCUCCUCUGGAUACACCAGAAGCUCCACCAACUCCUGAUAGUGUUGACGGAGAAUCAGAGGCCUCCUGGUGCCCUACAUCCAGCAGCCCUUGCAGUCUGGUUGAAGCUCCGGGUCUGGGACUAGGCCUCAACUUAGGCCCUGGGCUGGUAGUCGGAGGACAAGGCUGGAAAGAAAGAGCAGAGAUGGAGGCGACACUUCGCAGAAUCCUCCCAGCUUUUGAUGCCUUGCUCAUGCAGCUGGACCGGGUCACCCACGCCACAGAGGAUCUGUGUCACACAGAGUGCCGUCUGGAGAGGAUGUUGAGGAAAAGCAGGCGAUGGGGCAGAGGGGGACGUCGCCACAGAAGUCUUGACUCUGCAGGACAGAUGAGACGUGGCAGGAAGCACAAGGGUGCAGACAAAAGUACACAAGUGGUAGAGAAAAGCAAAAGUCCCCCGAGAACUCAUAUAAGCACACCUAAGUCAGAAGAUAGACAGAAACUUCAUAAGAAAGACAGGAGAUCAAAAAAAUCUGAUACAACAAGCCGGCACAAGGUAGACUUAAGUCCACACAGGACAGAUAGCAGUCUCCAGAAGGUACAAGAAAACCCCAGUAAUGUUGCAGCACGUGUCAGCAAGACUGAAAAAGACCCUUACGAGGUGGAUUCUCAUCCUCUCAAAGUGAGUCCACAAGAAGAGGGUGCUAAUCCUCCCAGGGCACACAAAGCUGAAAAAACUUUGCAUAAGUUAACCACAACUUCCAACAAGGUUGAUCCAAACUUUCAAAAGGACUCUGAGGUUGUUGGCUGUGCCAACAAACCCACCCCCACUCCGGCCCCUACUCCCGUUCCCACUCCAGCGUCUGCUUCUUCAACUGCUCUUCUUUCUGCUAUAGCCAUCCCGGUCCCGAUCCCUCGCUCCCACGAGUGGGUGCCACCCAGCAACAGCGAGAACCUUCCCUCCAGCGUAUUCCGGCAUCCUGCGCACACUACUACGAAUCCCACUCGAAAACGAAAGCACAAACAUCCCCCUCUUAAAAACAAGGUGCACCCUAAUACAGACAGACCUUUCUCAGGACACCACAAACCGUGAGAACCUAAGGUUUGCGUCAGUACGCAAGUAAAAGCAGGUGGGAUUUGGUAAUCGAGAUUAAGUAGUGUUGUGGGACUUAAAAAGUUCUUGGGUUACGGCUUCUUACGAGGAAAAGAAAUGAGGUCCUGGUGACAGCAGGUUUUGUAACCAGGACCUAAGAAGACCUUUAGCUCUAGUAUGAGCACAAGUAGAAACCAAGACCAAAUAAUCCACCAUAGCCUUAAAUUCUGCCCUACAAGCUUUCGAUUGGUAACUCCAAGGUGCAGGUCACCAUGGUCUUUCUGAUCUAAAAGGUACAAGUUUUGAUGCAAAUCACCCUUCCUCUCGCAGUGACCUCACUCCAACCCUUUGACCCUGGAGGUCAACCGGGUUAUAGUCGACAAGAGCACACCUUGUGCUGUCGUAGCAUUAGAAACUCUUGAAAGAGCAUCAAAGUACAAUGAAAGACUACAACUUUCGUAUUUGUCAAACAGUGUUUCGAGUUAUGUUUGAUGAAUUAUGUUCAAUUUAUGUUUUUUUGUAAAAGGAAGCUAUCGUAAGGUUAUGGGUACACGUGCUGCCCAUUGUUACAGAAUGAGCAAAGCUUAUUCAGAAGGGCUCACACUGACAUAUUCGCACACUACAUACACAAAAACACACAAAGACUUACAGGUACAUAUUUUUGAUGCCAUUACGUGACACCAGUAUAAAUAUAGUGCUGCGCUUGUAGGUACUUAUAUAAAAUUCAUACUACUUACUAUAAUGGCAUGUUACUGAAAAUAAACAUAGAGUUUUAUGUUUUCUCCACUUACAUUCAUACAUCUACACUAACACACUUCUGAAGAGGCGAUCAGGGUGCUAAAAAUUAGGAAGCCUCAGGAUUUCAGAUAUUCAGUAAGUUCAUAUCAGCUACAUUCAGAGGUUUCUUAACCCUCACCAGACCAAAGGGCAAGUGAGAAAAGACGCGGAAAGUAGAAGAAAAACUUGGAGAAAGUGCUGCGGUUUUUUAGAGAAAAAUUUAGUAGGAGAUGAAAUUUGGAAAAACGAAGGAAAAUUGAAAUGGAGCAGAAGGAACAAUGAAGGCCCUCGUUCAAGCCUUGCCACAAUUUUUUGUGUGGAGAGAAGGGAUUCCAUAAAGCAUUAUUAUUAUUAUUAUUAUUAUUAUUAUUAUUAUUACUAGUAGUAGCUGGUCAACGAAAAAUAGGUUAUGAAUUGCUGAAGUACGGUUUGUUUUGCUUUCUACAUUGUUAAAUCUUAAUUUAAAAAAGCACUUUGUAUUAAUGUAUAUGAAUAAUUGUGUUUGCAUCGGAGUGUGGUUUGAUUUUAAUGUUAUACUGAAAAUGUUUAGAAACGUAAUAAAAUAAGCUUGGUAUGAAGAUAAGAUACUGCUAUCAGCAUUACCCUCCCUGUACAUUUACCAAAGCUUGCUAUUCAAGUUUCAGGAGAUUCACGUAAUGAGUUUCUUUUGUACUUCGCACUUUACCUCCGCCGUAUUUAACUAGUACGUAAUUAUUUUCACGUAAAACAGCUUUUCAGAAUUAUAAUUUUUUUAAGUAUUAUACACGAGCUGCAUCAGGAUAUUUCGCAUUCAUUUUUUAUGUAUUUGUAACGUUUGGUUUUUGUCACUUGUCAAGUACUAAAAUGUAUUCGAAAAUGUGUUGUUUACUACGAUUAUGCUCAGGGACCCUCUUGAAAAAGAAACAGGAUUCUUUUUUUUUUGGUAUUAAAUGUGUUUUGUUUAAUUCAGUACAUGUAUUGUGAUUGGAUGGUAAAGUGUCGCUUAUGCACUUAAAAUAUCCACUACAGGGGAAAGCAGAGCUUGAUUUCGUCAAAGGUCACGUCAACUACAAUAAUGUCUUUAUUUAGGCCGUUCCGGAUGAAGUUUUCAAAGGUCAUUGUGUAUCUGUACAUAUUGGUGUGCCCUGAUGUAAAUAUUGUAUUAAAGUUGGAUCGCAUUUUAAUCUCAUUUGCCUUAACCGCACUGACCAGAAAUGUCUCCUUACAUGAAACAGAGCACAAGUACAUUAUGUUCACGAAAACGCUUUGCUGCAUGUUUUUCUCACCACUGGCCAAAGAAAAAAUGUCUGAAGGUUAUGCAAUUUUCAGCAAAUCUACACACAGCAAUAGCAGUCAUUUCAAAAUGUUAUGGCUUUUGGUAGGACUUUUUAGCUAUAUUGUACAGGCUUGCGAAUUUUGUGUAGCUAGGUUGGAUAGAAUUUGAGCCUCUCAUAUGUGCCAAAACCAACUUGCAUAUUUUUGUCAAUGUAUGAAAUGUUUAAGGUAAUUUACUGAUUUAUGUUGUGUCGUUGUAUUUGAAACGUUGUAGCACUUCGCUUUAUCUGCUUUUGCACUGGACAAAGUCAAAUAAAGAGUCUGACAGCUAA